AAAUAGCACGCUGCUGUAACCAUAGACAAAGAACAAGAAGAAGUUGUGUGAGUUGAUCGAUUUUACGCCGGCCUCCUCAAUUUCUCAACGGCAAAUUUCUUUGUUUGCCAUUACGCGCGCGAACAAAAUUUGAGGAUCCGUCGUGAGCCACAGUGAUAAGUUGAAAAUGGCGAACACGUUUCGCGCCGUGACGGUAUCAGCCGUCAACAAUGACGGCGCCUUGACGCCGCGCUUCAAUUUUCCCACAAACGUAAACGUGGAUUACGAUCCGCAAGGGCUGAGUGUAAAAGUGAUCCGUGCCGACCCCGUGCUGGCGCAGGAGGUGCUGGAGUUCCCCGUGCACAACCAGAGCGAGUGCUCGCGAGUGGCGGCCCAGUCGUACAUCUUCACGAUCGACAAUGAGACGUUGUUUUUCAAGUUCGCGUCCGACGCUGACUGCCAGGCGUUCCACCUGCUGGUCAGCAAGAUCAAGGCAGGCCGCUCGUCCUCCGUGUUCACCGUGCGCACGGAGGACUCGUCGGCGAUGCAGUACUUCCAGUUCUACGGCUACCUGAGCCAGCAGCAGAACAUGAUGCAGGAUUACGUCAGAACGAGCACGUACCAGCGCGCGAUCCUGUCCAACAUCUCGGACUUCAAGAACAAGGUGGUGCUGGACGUGGGCGCGGGCUCGGGCAUCCUGUCGUUCUUCGCGGCGCAGGCGGGCGCGCGGCAGGUGUACGCUGUGGAGGCCAGCAACAUGGCGCACCACGCGCAGGCGCUGGUCCGCGCCAACGGGCUGCAGGACCGCAUCACCGUGGUGGCCGGCAAGAUCGAGGAGAUCGAGCUGCCCGAGAGCGUCGACGUCAUCAUCUCCGAGCCCAUGGGCUACAUGCUGUACAACGAGCGCAUGCUGGAAACUUACUUACAUGCUAAGAAGUGGCUGAAGCCGGACGGCAACAUGUUCCCCACCAGAGGAGACCUUCAUAUAGCUCCGUUCACAGAUGAUGCACUGUUUAUGGAACAAUACAACAAGGCCAACUUCUGGUACCAGACUUGCUUCCAUGCAGUUGAUCUGAGUGCACUGCGCACAGCCGCCAUGAAGGAGUACUUUAGACAACCCAUUGUAGAUACAUUUGAUGUUCGCAUUUGUAUGUCGAGAUCUGUGAGACAUGUGGUGGACUUCCUGGGUGCCAAUGAGACUGACCUCCACCGCAUUGAAGUUCCAUUCAGAUUUGAGUUGACACAGUCAGGGACCUGUCACGGCCUGGCCUUCUGGUUUGAUGUGCUGUUUGCAGGGAACACCCAGCACAUCUGGCUCUCCACAGCACCAACGGAACCACUGACCCACUGGUACCAAGUACGGUGUCUGUUAGAAACACCUAUAUUUGCAAAGCAAGGACAAGCCCUGACUGGCAGAGUGCUGCUGCUGGCUAACAAGCGCCAAAGUUAUGAUGUAACAAUGGAGAUUAACCUCGAGGGAACAAAUAUAUCAUCAUCAAACACCCUAGACCUUAAGAACCCCUACUUCAGAUACACGGGAGCCCCGGCUGCCCCUCCCCCCGGAGUGAACUCCGUGUCUCCCAGUGAGAACUACUGGAACUCUGUAGAUGCUAACCCCCUGAGCAACGGGCAAAGUGUGAUCUUGACCGAUGGCACCCAGCAGUACUGCACGCCGCAGGAACAAACAAUAGCCUAUGGAGCACACCCCAAUGUGAUCAAAACUGUGAUGCUACAGGAGGAAUUCAUCAAGAGGAUCGGGAUCAGUCAAAAUGGCGACAUAUAAUCCGCAAAGUCGCGCCGGGCGCGCCUUAGGGCUUUAAGGAACCGUCGCAAUCGGUUGUGAAGAUUCUUCCGUUCAGACUUUCCUAGUGUAUAAGCAGACUUAUUUAUUUCGAGCGAAACAUCACAGUGCGAAGGACUAAGAUGUAUUUAAUUGUGUAGUUUCAUAUCGAGAUAUGUGAUCAUGGUUUCUUAAAUUGGGUUUACAAUGACAACAGAUUAGUGAGAUUUGAUUUUGCGGCCUUUAUGAUUGUGACUGGCGCAUGUAACUGCAACAGAAUGUGAAAUUGCAGGCAAUAAGGGAUACUUUUUUUUCACCUAUUGGUGGCAGUUUUGUUGUUAGUAAGAAUGACGCUUAUUAGUGUAAUUCGAAUCCACAUUGAUUAAAAUAUUGUAUUCUUUGAAUUAGCAUUGCAGAACAUGAAACUUGACAGAAUAUUAGAAUUAAGUUACAUUAUGACUACAGAUGGAUCUCUUCAUAAAACUAAAUACCAUGUUGAUAACCAUUGUAGGAGUAAUUAUAGGAUACUCAAUUUGUAGACUAAAGAUUUGUUUUGUGAAGUGAUCCUUGUUCAUUAAGUUUAGGAUGAUUCAAUAUUGGUUCUAAAGUGAUAUAGGGCUAGUCUAGGCCUGCUAGGCAUAAAAGCAUAAUUAUUUUAAUGAUUGACCUACAAAAAUUAAGGACUAACAAUUUGAUCAAGUUUCAUGUCUCUAUUAUUUAGGUCUUUAGUGGCCCCACCAUUGUAAAUAUUCAGUAGAUAUUUUUUGUUUUGUUACUAGACAGUCCAUGAAGGUAUUGUAAAACAUUGCUUUGGUAACAUCCACAGUAACUCAAAUCUAUGAAAAAUCAGUUCACUCCAUUUGGUGCUUUAUUUAAACAAGGAAUACAGUGGAACUAAACUCUAGCAUGGUAUUAAAUUUUGCUUACACAGGACAGGACACAAUCACGUCAUGUUACCAGGUAGCUAUAGAAGUUAGCACAAUAAAGAAAUGGAAUUGUUUGCUGGCAUUCUUAUAAAAUGAUUAUGAAGCUAUUGUAUUCUUAGAGAAAACUUGUUGGUCUUGAGUUACUGUGGUGACUUUAUACUCCCGUGAGUAGCUAGAAUAAGUAAUUUAGAAGUACAUUAGGAUAAGCAUUAAGUGCCGAGUUGAGUAGUGCUGAACAUUACCGAAUACUCAUGACUUGAAUCACGCAUGCUCAAUCAUUAUCAUUAAUAAAAUAGGUAAACGACACCAGUGAUUGAAAUUUUACCCAGUUUUUUGUGUUAUUAAUGUAUCUGUAUAAUUCGUCUGUCUGCCAAAUCGAAAUAUGGGAUUGUGGUAUGUUUUAUUAGCUUUUCUUGAUGAAGUCUUUCAUAUUUUGAUACUAUAAUUAUGCUCUCAUUCAGCUCAACCAAUCAAUAUUUGGUUGGAUAAAAUGUUUGUUAUGAAUACCUACCUACUUAAGAUUAUAGCAUGUCGUAUUUAGUAGUAGGUAAGGCUCUUAUUUUCUGAUACACCAAGAAAGGUUUAAGACCUUGUCUGAUUGAUAAUCAAUUAAUCAUACUGGUACUGAAAUUACAGCAAUAAACUGUACAUAAUUUUAGUGUAUUUCCAAGGUAACUCAGGUAUAGGUAGGUAUUGCAGGCUGAAUUUGCACAGAGAUUACCUAAAUAUGUGCAAAAACGCCUUGAAUAGUUACAUCCUGACUGUAAAACAGACAGUAUGUAGGGAAAAGAUUAGACUUGUAGUGAUGCAGUACAACCGUAUAGCAAUAAUCGUUUGUAAUGUAGGAUACUUAUGAAUACUUUCAAUAGAAUGCAGCCACAAUCUCUUUUGUCAUUUUAGCGUAAUAAAAUAAAACUUUUGUGAUCAUUUCCAUAUUGGUGCUGCGUCCAUUAUGCACAAAACUAGUUUUUACAUAGAAUGGAUAACAAUUCUACCUCAUUUAUGCAGACAGAUGCGUUUUACGCGAAAUUGAUCAUUACGACACUGCCUUUAGAAGUGUUUUUAGAGUGACGAACGUAUUGCAGGUAUAAAAAUCGAUCGACAUAGGAUAGGGGUAAGUGAGGCAAAAAAAACUUUACCAAUAAUAAUAAUGAAUAAUACGUAUGAAACUCAAGAUGUAAGAGGAAAAACUAUCACUACUUACCUUACCCUACCGAUCUCGCAGGGCAUCACAGAAUUUUGCUUUAGAACUAAAAAGUAUUGUAAGCAAAAUCUUGCCAUUCGUGGAUGUGUAUUUUUUGUUGUAAAUAAACUAAUCAAAAUGUAAUGAAGAUCAAAACGAAUGCUAAAUUAGUCCAUUCGCUAUAAACGUAGUAUUAUUCUAAUUGAACUAUGACGGUACAUGUUAAUUAUCUCGUAAUCCAAUAAAUCACACUUUCUGA